AUUCUUGUCUCUUAAAAUUUAAAAUAGGUGGUUAUGAGAGUGUGUUACGGGAGUGGAGCGGUCCCGUAGCACCCUUCAUCCUGAAGACAUAUGAGAUGGGCUUUCGGAAAGUGAAUCCGGACAAGUGGGAAUUUGCACACGAGUGGUUCCUGAGGGGGCAGACGCCACUUCUGAAGAACAUCAUCAGGAAGAGGAACCAACGCCGACAUCAACAUUUUCAUUCAUGGGCUUUGGAGCAGCAGGUGGAGAGGCUGAAUCAGGACAACGAUAUCAUCCUAAUGGACCUCGCUCGUAUAAGACCGAACGAGGAUGCCAUGGACGAGGAGGUCGAAGUGAUGAGCCGACGCCUCUCUGUGACCGAGAAGAGGCCUCACCAAAUGAUUGCAUUCCUUGCCAGUGUGGUCGACAACCCCGACAUCCUCACCAAUCUCCGUCACCUGCAAAGCAACAGCCUCACCAGUCCUAAGAAGCCUCGCCUUAUUGAUCCUCCACCUCUUCCCCCACCGAUGGAUACUGCUCUCGACUGCCCAUCUUCCUCGAAUGCCACUGCUGCUCUGCCCAUUUGUGGUUAUGGUGGUCAUUUGAAUGAAUCAUCAGGAGCCCAUUACUUCCUCGGUCCAUUAACAGCGGAGCUGGGCUGCGAUGAUGAUCUCCUCACAGAGAUCGGUGAUGAGUCGGGCGCUGCCUCUUCCGCGGGGCUCCCCUUCUAUUGAUCCCCGGGUUCCCCUUCCAUCAAUCCCAUCCGGCCAAGGAGAAGAAGAUGCGGGGACUGGUGCCUUUCUUUCUCUCUCUCUCUCCCCAAUCUCUCUACAUCUUUAAUGUUGGUGCUCUUGUUUUUGCAUUGAGAGAGAGAAAGGGAGAGGGACUUCAAGUAGGGAAAGCAGAAGAAGGGCAUCAAAUAUAUCAGAUUUUGGGGUUGGAUGAGAUUCACAUUGAGUUGUGGCCGUGCAAGGACGGGUUAAAGAAAGCAUUAUUAUAGGAGUGUUUGUUCGUAUGCCACAUCGGCAACAUUGAGGAACGAAUCAACUACUUUUGCAUAAUGCUCUCUCUCUCUGCACUUCCUCCCCACCAUGACUC